UUUGUUUCAGAUAUCUUCAACAAUGUCACUUGCGUAGUAUAUUCGACGUCUAAGUUGUUUUACAUGGAUAAAGCCAUCGUAAACUUUCUAUGUGCGAAUGGGUGUGAAAAGUGAAAUAUUUUAAACAUCAAGUAUUUGUGUUCAAACCCUGUUAACUUCCUGUGUUGAUUCUUUUAUUUUUCCCACAAAAUUAUAUUUUAGCAAACGUUGAAACAUUGCUAUAAAGCCAAUUUGAAGCAUAAAUUGAGCUUUUGUUAGAAAAAAUGAAUUUAGUUUUGGAGGCUGGGAAGGUUUUGCCUGAAAUCUUAAAAGAGAGUGAAUUCCAGAUGUAAUUUCCUCUGCUCCACACUGCCCCCUAGGCGUGGUCUGCUGAUUGGCCGGUUGGCGUUUGUAGAAAUAGAGCUCAAGGAGAGGGCGUAACCCUAGUGGGAUCUUUCUGCAAUCAUCCAACAAACGAGCCUCAGACUUCGUUUGAUCUCUGUGGGUAAUCCUUGUGCCAAUUGCUUCUUUGCAUUAACUGCGGUUCCCGGGUUUUCCACUAUGGUUUACCAUCCAGAAUUUGAGAAGGCUGGGAAGGAGCCUGGGCUGCAGAUCUGGAGGGUCGAGAAGUUCAAUCUCGUGGCUGUGCCCAAAAACCUUUAUGGCGACUUCUUCACAGCAGACGCCUACCUCGUGAUGCGCACCAUUCAACAGCGCUCUGGUGGCUUUCAGUAUGAUCUGCACAUCUGGCUGGGAGAUUCAUGUUCCCAAGAUGAGAAGGGAGCAGCUGCCAUCUUCACAGUACAAUUGGAUGAUUAUCUUGAUGGGAAGCCCAUCCAGUACAGAGAGGUACAGGGCCACGAGUCCAAUGUUUUCCUGGGCAACUUCAAGAGUGGCAUCAAAUACAAGGCUGGUGGAGUUGCAUCUGGUUUCUCCCAUGUGGUGACCAAUGAGGUAAAAGUGCAGCGAUGCCUCCAACUGAAGGGUCGCAGGGUGGUCCGAGCAACUGAGGUCCCCUUGACUUGGGAUAGCUUCAACUCUGGAGAUUGCUUCAUCGUUGACCUGGGAGAUGAAAUCUUGCAGUGGUGUGGCUCCAAAGCCAAUAAGUUUGAACGUCUAAAGGCCGCGUGCGUUGCCCUGUGUAUUCGUGACAAUGAGAGGGGUGGCCGUGCCCAUGUGAGGGUGAUGGAGGAAGGAAGGGAGUUGAAACUGCUGAUCAAGGUUCUUGGACCAAAGCCAGAUCUGCCUGAAGGCACAGACAGUGACAUUAAGGUUGAUGCAUCCAAUAGAAAACUGGCUAAAUUGUACAAGGUUUCACAUGCCUCCGGAGAAGUCAGUAUUUCCCUGGUGUCUGCUGAAAACCCAUUCAGACAGGACAUGUUGCAAUCUGAAGACAGCUUCAUCCUGGACAAUGGAUCGAAUGGGAUUAUCUUUGUGUGGAAAGGUAAACGAGCUGAUCCAGAAGAACGCAAAGCUGCUCUGAAAGGUGCAGAAGACUUUAUUUCCAAAAUGGGAUAUCCUAAACACACCCAGGUUCAGAUUCUGCCGGAGUUUGGUGAGACCCCACUCUUCAAGCAGUUCUUCAAGAACUGGGUUGACUUGUAUCAGACCCAGGGAAUGGGAACCUGCUACAUCUCCGGGCAGAUUGCCAAGGUUGAGAAGGUGCCUUUUGAUGUUGCGUCUUUGCACGAGUCUCCUGCCAUGGCUGCCCAGUAUGGAAUGGUGGACGAUGGAUCUGGGGAGAAAACAAUCUGGCGCAUUGAAGGCAAUGACAAAGUAAUUGUGGACCAAAGCACCUAUGGCCAGUUCUACGGAGGGGACUGCUACAUUAUCCUGUAUGCUUAUGCCUUUGGUGAGAGACGUGGCCACAUCAUCUACUUCUGGCAGGGAAACGAUUCCUCCCAGGAUGAAAUCUGUGCUUCCGCCAUCCUGACUGCCCAGCUGGACAAGGAGCUGAGUGGUGGUCCGGUCCAGGUGCGUGUGAUCCAGGGUAAGGAGCCAGCCCACCUGAUGAGCAUGUUUGGAGGGAAGCCGCUGGUUGUUUACCAAGGUGGGACCUCCAGGGACGGUGGCCAGAGUGCGCCAGCAGAUAAUCGCUUGUUCCAAGUUCGGGCCAGCGGCUCCGGUUCCACCAGAGCAGUGGAGGUUGAUGCUACUGCCUGCAACCUGAAUUCCAAUGAUGUCUUUGUCCUGAAGACCCCUGGCUCUUCCUUUGUGUGGGUUGGUCAGGGAGCCAGUGACACCGAGAAACAGGGGGCUCAACAACUCCUCGACAUCCUGGGAGUCGGUGCAUCUGAGGUGGCAGAGGGCAGUGAGCCAGAUGAGUUCUGGGAUAUCCUGGGAGGGAAGGCUAAUUAUCGCACGUCACCAAGACUGAAGAACAAACUGGACGUCCAUCCUCCUCGUCUCUUUGCAUGUUCCAACAAGACUGGUCGCUUCAUUAUGGAGGAAGUUCCUGGUGAGCAGACGCAGGACGACUUGGCCACUGAUGACGUCAUGAUCCUUGAUACAUGGGACCAGGUCUUCGUCUGGAUAGGUAACGAUGCACAGGAAGAGGAGAAGUUGGAGGCCAGGGCAUCAGCUAAACUAUAUAUCGAGACUGACCCGUCCAAUAGGGAUAAGCGGACACCAAUUGUGAUCAUCAAGCAGGGCUUUGAGCCUCCCUCAUUUACUGGCUGGUUCCUGGGCUGGGAUUACAAUUACUGGAGUGUGGAUCCCCUCCAGCGGGCCUUGGCUGACCUUGAGGUGGAAUAAACCGCCGGGUGCAUUGCCUCUACUUCGCACUUUCGUUCUUGCUUUACGAGGCUUUGGAGAGAGAAAAGUGGGGAAAGGUUUCUUCAGCAACGAGCACUGCUAAUUCCUCAUGAUUUUUUUUGCUGUGCAAUAUUUAGGCCAUGCAUUGGCACUUGUUAAACAGUAUCUUGUGCUUCCCAAAUAAAAUGACAAGUUUGGAGCAGA